AUGUGGAUAUGCGUCAAGAAAGCGUUGUUCUGGAAGAAUGGGACGGUGUCAGCGUGGCGGCGGGCAGCGGGAGCAGCACCAGGCCGAGGUGGAGGCGAUCAGCGGGACAGCAACGGUCCAAGUUGGAGGCGGUCAGCGGGACAGCAAACGGUCCAAGGUGGAGGCGGUCAGCGGGACAGCGACGGUCCAAGUUGGAUGGCAAUCAGCGUGAGAGCAAUGGUGCAAGGUGGGGUCGAUCAGUGGAACCGCAACGGUCCAAGGUGGAGGCGGUCAGCGGGACAGCGACGGUCCAAGGUGGAGGCGAUCAGCGGGACAGCAACGGUCCAAGGUGGAAACGGUCAGCGGGACAGCAAUGGUCCAAGGUGGAGUCGAUCAGCGGGACAGCAACGGUCCAAGGUAGAGGCGGUCAGCGGGACAGCAACGGUCCAAGGUGGAGGCGAUCAGCGGGACAGCAACGGUCCAAGGUGGAGACGGUCAGCGGGACAGCAAGGGUCCAAAGUGGUGGCGAUCAGCGGGACAGCAACGGUCCAAGGUGGAGUCGAUCAGCGGGACAGCAACGGUCCAAGGUGGAGGCGGUCAGCGGGACAGCAACGGUCCAAGUAGAGGUAAUACGAUCACCGGAACAGCCGAUAACGAUUCGAUUCAAUUUCAACACCGCGAGCCUUGCUUCUGGGUAUGCAGACGAUUCUUUGAAUCGUCCCACCAGGGGUACCAAAUUAUGUGUAGGACGCUUCACCUGUGGUAAAAGGACCUGGUGAAUAUCUCCUGUCCUUCACACAAGAGGGGAACCAGCUUCUAUAGUGGUUGAUAUAAUUAGACUCUGAUAUUCUUUGUCGAGUCGAAGCAAGGUGUAAAUCGGUGUUGAAAUGAUUAAAAUACGUGUGAGAUAAUUAGUUUAUUUAACACAAACACUAAUAUUUACAAGUAUCGUACAAAAUAAUUAUUAUUGUUUUUACUACAACAAAAAAACAUACAUAAAUUUGCUAUGUGCAAUUGACAGUAAAGUGAACCGCGAUUUAAGAGUGAAACAUGUGAUUAGUAACAAGUGAGAGAAGAUUCGCGUGAAAAACCGUGUAA